AUGUCCUCUAUGGUUACCUUGAAGGUCGCCGGUAUUUUGGAGAUUCCAGAGAAAAGUUAUCUGGGCGGGUUUCUUGGUACUGAUGAUUUUGAUAGCUUGCCUUUUGAUUGGGGAGACAACUACAAGCUUCCAAAUAUACCCGAGAAUGAUCUUGUUAUAUAUGAAAUGAAUGUUCGUGCAUUUACAGCUGAUGAAUCCAGUGGUCUGGAUCCAGAUGUUUGUGGUAGCUACCGUGGUCUGAUUGACAAGGUAAUCGUGGAUUGUGGUUAUGAAAAACAAUAUAUUCAUAUACUGAGCCUGAUUUUCUAUGCAAUUUCAAUACUUCCGUUUGUUUCCAAGAAACUUUAA